GUAAAUGUGUGUUGUAUCCACUUUUUUAUCUUAUAAAUGAGCAAGAGAAAAUUUAAAGGAAAGCAGAAACAAUCAAACACUAGGCCAAGGAUAGAUUCAAGUGAAGGCAGCUUGAUAAGUGAUGAUCGCUCUCCUAGUCCUAAUGCUAUCGAAGAAGACUUUAUACCCAUUCCAAAAGUGAGCAGACAGCAGCGUAGAUACCAAGAGAGACAGGAAUUGAAAGAAAAAAGAGAACCAGAGGAUGAAAAUGAUAUUGAUGUUUACGAUACUCAAUACGAUUACUUAUAUCCUUGGAUGCAUUCUGCUGAUCCAUUCACUAAUCAAGAUAAAGUCAGCGUGGCUCAGUUAUAUCAGAAAGAAGUAGAACGAUUUGUAGACUAUAUUGCCCCUAAAGAAAAUGAGAUCGCACUGAGGGAGUUCUUGGUCACUCGGAUUAGAAAUGCAAUCCACAAAAGGUGGCCAGAUGCAGGAGUCGACGUGUUUGGAAGCUUUGCUACUGGCGUUUAUCUUUUUUCUGGUGAUAUAGAUAUCAGUAUUGGAUGUUCACCCCCAACACCACGUUUCACUUUACGUGCCGUAGCAUCAACACUAAGAGAAGCAAAUAUAUGUGAUGAUUAUACGCUCAUAGCGAAAGCCAAGGUACCUGUAUUAAAGUUUGAAGACAAGCUUUCCAAUAUCAAAGUAGAUAUUGUUAUGAAUUCAGACAAUGGAGUCAGAAGUGCAAAUAUUGUGAACAGAAUGCUGCAUGAUUAUCCUGCAGCUUGUCCAUUAACCUUGCUCGUUAAGCAUUUUCUGUCGUUGUAUGAACCAAAUGAAGUAUUCACUGGCGGUCUAGGUGGAUAUGCUAUUGUCUGUAUGGUUGUCAGCUUUCUUCAGAGACAUCCAAAAGUAGCUACACGUCAGAUAGAUCCCAUGAGAAACCUUGCACCUCUUUUUUCAGAUUUCUUACAGCUGUACGGCUCAAAAUUUAAUAUUGAUGAUGUUGGCAUUGAUGUACAAGGAGAAGGAGAGUACUUUAGGAAGUAUGAGAAUUGGAAAACAUAUACAAUUAUUGAUCCUCAAGAUUCAAGCAAUGAUCUGGGUCUUAAGUCUUUUAAAUCCAAAACAGUAGCAAAAAACUUUCAUUAUGGAUAUGUGUCAAUAUAUAGAAAAGCAUGUAGACUAAAUGCAAGAUUGAAGCAGCACAACUAUAACUAUGCCAGUGCAUUUAGCAGCUAUAGUCUUUACGGUAAAUCCUUGCUUGCUGCUUGCAUGUACAUUCACCCAGAAACAAUCCAGCAUAGAGAGCAUAUGCGACGUGUAUAUGAUGAUCUAAUAACCUUAAGCGAAUAAAAUAACUUUUUAUUAUUUCACGUGAAAUAAGUGCGCCGU